AUGGUCCGAUUCCGAGGUGCAGCUCAGCCCCGUGGUCUGGGGCCAGGCGGCAGUGCCCCCGGCCCGGCCACGGUGCAGGCCUGGUACACGGACGACUCGGCUGACAACCCGCCAUGGCUCCACCACAAACUACCAAAUUACGAAGAAAAGAUUAAGGUGAUUUACAAGGAGCAUUUACACCUGGAUGACAAGAUUCGCUUCAUCUGGGACGGCAGUGGGUACUCUGACGUGAGAGAUAAAGAGGACAGGUGGAUCCGGAUCUUCAUGGAAAAGGGAGACGUGAUCAUUCUCCCUGCCGGGAUUUACCACCAUUUCACACUGGACGAGAAGAAAUACGAGAAAGCCAUGCGGCUGUUUGUGGGAGACCCAGUGUGGACGGCAUACAACCAGCCGGCUGACAACUUCGAGGCCCGGAGGCAGAACCUGGAAUUUCUGGCGCAGACAGCCCAGCGGAGCCCUGGGGCCUCAUGCACCCCGGCCCCCCUUGUGAAGGUUCCAGGAUCAGUGGUCAGUGGCCCUGUGUCAGCUGGUGCCUCCAAGCUCUGA